GGCUGAGCCGCCGCGGGAGCGCACAGCCACACCGUCGGGGACCCCGACGUGUCGGCUGGACACGGCCGGCACGCCACGGCCCUGCAAGCUCCUGGCGGGCGGGCGCGCUCACGUUGUGGAUUAAGGUGGUGCUGAGCCCCCGCCGCCCGCCGGGUUAAGUAGCCGGGAUUAGCCCGCUGCGGCAGCACGACACCGACAUCCCGGGCACUUCGCCGCCCCGCGGGGGCUGGGAGCCCGGCACCCGCGCAGCCUCGCCCGCCCGCCGUGCCCCCAGGGCGGUGUUUUUGACCGCGGCUGAGUCGUACGCCGCUUUCCGUCGGAGCGGACGGGCUGGUUUGAUUUAUCGAUGCCUAGCCGGGCUGCUCAUCGACCGGCGCGGACGAGGAAGGGAUGCGGCACUGGUUCGGGGGCCGGGAGAGCGAAGCCCUCGCGGGCGUUCCGCCGCGGGUGAGCCCGUCCCCGCGCGGGGCCGCUCCGCGGUGGGAAGCGCCUCUAACGGCGGUGUCAUCCUCGUCCCGGCGGUGCGUGUAACCUUUGGCUGGUGCACCACACUGUACAUGCCUUUUGGCUUCGGGGAACAGAACACACCAUGGGACAACCUCAAAGACAUCUCUCCAGACGGGCUCUCUUGCUUGGGUGAUGUGUCUGCUCUCCUGACUGUCUUCAUACCCAAAGGAUUUAUUUUCCUUUUGGAAAUAUUUUAAGUUGAAAUUUUGUUCCUUGCUGGAAACUGUCUACGCUAAAGACUGCAUGCAUCAUGGGUGACAUGGCAAACAACUCGGUUGCAUAUAGCAGCGUAAAAAACGCUGUGAAAGAAGCUAAUCAUGGAGAUUUUGGAGUUACUCUUGCAGAGCUCCGUUCUCUUAUGGAACUUCGAGCUGCAGAUGCACUGCAUAAAAUACAGGAAUGCUAUGGUGAUGUACAUGGCAUCUGUACAAAGUUGAAAACUUCACCAAAUGAAGGUUUAAGUGGAAAUCCAGCAGAUAUAGAAAGGAGAGAAGCAGUUUUUGGGAAGAACUUUAUACCUCCUAAAAAGCCAAAAACAUUUCUUCAGUUAGUAUGGGAAGCACUACAGGACGUUACACUAAUUAUAUUAGAAAUUGCAGCCGUAGUAUCCUUGGGCCUUUCUUUUUACCAGCCUCCAGGAGGAAAUGAAUCAUUAUGUGGAUCAGUAAAUGUUGGUGAAGAAGAGGAGGAAUCUGAAGCAGGUUGGAUUGAAGGAGCAGCAAUCCUCCUAUCUGUAGUUUGUGUGGUAUUAGUAACAGCUUUCAAUGACUGGAGUAAAGAGAAACAAUUUCGGGGAUUGCAGAGCCGUAUUGAACAAGAACAGAAAUUCACAGUCAUCAGAGGUGGCCAAGUCAUCCAAAUACCAGUAGCUGACAUAAUUGUUGGAGAUAUUGCACAAGUGAAAUACGGUGACCUUUUACCGGCUGAUGGUGUACUCAUUCAGGGAAAUGACCUCAAAAUUGAUGAAAGCUCGCUGACUGGAGAAUCUGAUCAUGUUAAGAAAUCUCUGGACAGAGAUCCUAUGCUGCUGUCAGGUACACAUGUGAUGGAAGGCUCUGGAAGAAUGGUGGUUACUGCUGUAGGUGUGAACUCUCAGACUGGAAUCAUCUUUACCUUACUUGGGGCUGGAGGAGAUGAAGAGGAGAAGGAGAAGGAAAAAGAAAAGAAGGAAAAGAAAAGUAAAAAGCAAGAUGGAGCUGUUGAAAACCGUAACAAAGCUAAAGCUCAGGAUGGAGCAGCCAUGGAAAUGCAACCACUGAAGAGUGAGGAUGGUGGAGAUGGAGAUGAGAAAGACAAGAAGAAAGCAAAUUUGCCAAAGAAGGAAAAGUCAGUUCUCCAAGGCAAACUCACAAAGCUCGCAGUUCAGAUUGGCAAAGCAGGUUUGUUGAUGUCUGCAAUCACAGUCAUUAUCCUUGUGUUAUAUUUUGUAAUUGAUACCUUCUGGGUUCAGAAGAGACCUUGGCUUGCUGAAUGUACCCCAAUUUAUAUUCAGUAUUUUGUGAAGUUCUUCAUUAUUGGAGUUACUGUCUUGGUGGUGGCAGUACCAGAAGGUCUUCCACUUGCAGUCACUAUUUCUCUGGCUUACUCUGUUAAGAAAAUGAUGAAAGAUAAUAACUUGGUGAGACAUCUGGAUGCAUGUGAAACUAUGGGCAAUGCCACAGCUAUUUGCUCAGAUAAAACGGGAACAUUGACUAUGAACAGAAUGACCGUGGUCCAAGCCUACAUCAAUGAAAAACAUUAUAAAAAAAUUCCAGAACCAGAAGCUAUUCCAGAGAAAACUAUGGCUUAUCUUGUGACAGGAAUUUCUGUUAAUUGUGCUUAUACUUCCAAAAUACUGCCUCCUGAAAAGGAAGGUGGCCUACCGCGUCAUGUUGGAAAUAAAACUGAAUGUGCCUUGCUGGGAUUGCUCUUGGAUUUAAAACGUGAUUAUCAGGAUGUAAGAAAUGAGAUACCAGAAGAGGAUUUGUACAAAGUGUACACCUUCAACUCUGUUAGAAAAUCGAUGAGUACUGUGUUGAAAAACUCUGAUGGCAGUUUCCGGAUAUUCAGUAAAGGUGCCUCUGAGAUAGUUCUUAAAAAGUGCUUCAAAAUACUGAGUGCUAAUGGAGAACCAAAGGUAUUUAGACCUAGGGACCGCGAUGAUAUCGUGAAAACUGUAAUUGAGCCAAUGGCUUCUGAAGGUCUCAGAACCAUCUGCCUGGCAUUCAGAGACUUCCCAGCAGGGGAGCCUGAGCCAGAGUGGGACAAUGAAAAUGAUAUCGUUACUGGGCUGACAUGCAUCGCUGUUGUUGGGAUUGAAGAUCCUGUGAGACCUGAGGUACCUGAUGCAAUAAAAAAGUGUCAACGUGCAGGCAUAACUGUACGUAUGGUCACUGGUGAUAACAUUAACACUGCUCGUGCUAUUGCAUUGAAAUGUGGAAUUCUGAAUCCCGGUGAAGACUUCCUGUGUUUAGAGGGCAAAGACUUUAACAGGAGAAUACGCAAUGAAAAAGGAGAGAUUGAGCAAGAGCGAAUAGAUAAAAUUUGGCCAAAGCUUCGUGUUCUUGCAAGAUCUUCUCCCACUGACAAACACACUCUAGUAAAAGGUAUAAUUGACAGCACUGUCUUUGACCAGAGGCAAGUUGUAGCAGUAACUGGUGAUGGUACCAAUGAUGGUCCAGCUUUGAAGAAGGCAGAUGUUGGAUUUGCUAUGGGUAUUGCUGGAACAGACGUAGCUAAAGAAGCUUCUGAUAUUAUCCUUACAGACGACAACUUCACCAGUAUUGUUAAAGCAGUUAUGUGGGGACGAAAUGUCUAUGACAGCAUCUCCAAAUUUCUUCAGUUCCAGCUUACUGUCAAUGUAGUAGCAGUAAUUGUUGCUUUUACAGGAGCAUGCAUAACACAAGAUUCUCCACUUAAAGCUGUGCAGAUGCUGUGGGUAAAUCUCAUAAUGGACACAUUAGCUUCUCUUGCCCUGGCAACAGAACCACCCACUGAAGCUCUUCUGCUGCGGAAGCCUUAUGGUAGAAACAAACCUUUGAUUUCUCGUACAAUGAUGAAGAACAUUUUGGGUCAUGCAUUCUACCAGCUUGUAGUGGUCUUCACGCUCCUGUUUGCUGGUGAGAAAAUUUUUGAUAUAGAUAGUGGAAGAAAUGCACCUCUGCAUGCUCCUCCUUCAGAGCAUUAUACUAUAGUAUUUAAUACAUUUGUGAUGAUGCAGCUUUUUAAUGAAAUCAAUGCUCGAAAGAUUCAUGGUGAAAGAAAUGUUUUUGAAGGAAUCUUUAACAACGCUAUCUUCUGUUCUAUUGUGCUGGGGACAUUUGUUGUGCAGAUAAUUAUUGUGCAGUUUGGUGGAAAGCCUUUCAGUUGUUCAGAACUCUCAGUUGAACAGUGGCUGUGGUCCAUUUUCCUGGGCAUGGGCACACUACUUUGGGGCCAGUUGAUUUCAACAAUUCCAACCAGCCGACUGAAAUUCCUUAAAGAAGCUGGUCAUGGAACACAAAAGGAAGAGAUUCCUGAAGAAGAACUAGCAGAAGAUGUAGAGGAGAUUGAUCAUGCUGAGAGGGAAUUGCGUCGUGGUCAGAUCUUGUGGUUUAGAGGCUUAAACAGGAUACAAACUCAGAUGGGAUGGUCCUUUCUCUUGUUCUCUCUCUCUCUUGCUGAGCAAGCUGUCACAAUCUCUGAUUCCUUGCAGAUGGAUGUAGUGAAUGCUUUCCAGAGUGGAAGUACCAUUCAGGGGGCUCUAAGGCGGCAACCCUCCAUCGCCAGCCAGCACCAUGAUAUCCGAGUGGUGAAUGCAUUUCGUAGCUCCUUGUACGAGGGGCUAGAGAAACCUGAGACACGAAGUUCAAUUCACAAUUUUAUGACGCAUCCUGAGUUUAGAAUAGAAGACUCCGAGCCUCAUAUUCCCCUUAUUGAUGAUACUGAUGCUGAAGAUGAUGCUCCAACAAAACGCAACUCUAGUCCCCCUCCCUCUCCCAAUAGAAAUAACAAUGCGGUUGACAGUGGAAUUCACCUUACAACAGACAAGAACAAGUCUGCUACCUCUUCAUCCCCAGGGAGCCCACUACAUAGUUUGGAAACAUCACUCUGAUUGUAAGCUGAAUGUUAACACACUAGCUGCAUUGUAAAGAAAUUGAAACUGGGUCUCUUCACACAUUAUGAUGGACAAGAUGAUAUUCUUGUCUUGGACUUCAACAGAAGAAACACUUGUACGAAUGUAGAUUUAUUUUUUUAAAAAAAAGCUUUCUGCCAGACUGGAGGGUGCUUUUCUGGGGGUGGGAGUAAUAAUGAACUCUGACAGAUAAACAGUAACUCAGCAUAAGUGACCUGUGGAUCAUCUGUUGUACUAAGAAUGGUCCUGAAGAGUGUGUUAGCAGAGCUUUAGUUUAUCAUGAUCCUUUUCUGAGGGGAAAGCUGGGAAGGGCAAGGAGGCCCUGGAUCAUUGAAUUGAUACUUUAAUUUCUGCUGUUGGCUGUUAAUAAUUUGGAUUAUUUAUGUUUAUAAAUGAUACAGAUCUGUUUACAAGGUUUGUAGAUACUUUUUUGUUCCUGUUCAUAGAUGGGAAGCUUCCUUAUAAAUGAUGCAGAGGAGACAAAAAACAAAACAAAAAAACCAAAAAAACUAGUCCUUCAAAUACUGCUGUAUUUUCAGGAAAAGGGUGUUUCUAUUGAAACUGUACUAAAUUUUGCCUGCAAUUUACCUUGUUAAAUAUUGUAGAUAAAUUGCUACUACUAAUAGCCAAAUAGAUAACACUAAUGCUUUGUAAAAACAUGAGCAGUGGUGUUCUAAUGAAGUUAUGGCCUCUGUCCUAAUUAGUUUCUUAAAUACAUUUACUACUUAAUGGUUUUGAAACAACUGUUUAAUUUUUAAAAAUUUUGAGAAACUUAAUGAAUAACUUUUGUUCAGAACUUAGUAGGAUUGUUUAAUGCAGGACAUCAAUACAUGAUGGAACUUGCUUGAAAUAUUUCUGUUAUCUCGGGCAAAAUGGAUUAAAUCAAAAUACAUCAGAAUCUUAGUCCUUUGUUUUUGUCUAAUCAUGUUAGUUUAGUGCUGUCUUGGUGAACUGUGAGUGGAACUGUGAUUUUUUUCUAAUCUAUAGAAUCCUUCAUGCAGCAUGAGGGCUGUUGGCAUUUUGAAAGGUUGUUAGUGGGUAGCAUACAUGUUCUCCUUUUUGUUUUUGAAACUUGUUUGUAAACAUGAAUAAAUCUGCCCUUUUGUUAAAAUAAAAUUGCAGCAAUGGUUUCUUACAGAAUUUUUUUUCUCAGCUCCUUCACUGGAAAUACAGAAGGUACUCUUUUGUGUUACUGGUUAUCUUUAAACUACAAUUUCAAGAUGGUAACAGCCCCACUCCAAAUAGCACUAAGUAAAUGGAAUAUCAUGAUGGCUGCCUCCAGAAUGAAUGUAAGUUAAGGUACUCAAAAGUCUUCACUGAUCCAAAAGGAUACUCCUGGGGAAUUAAUAGGUCUGCCUGAAAUUCUGAGACUUACUGUGAGUACCGUGUAAUAAAUGUAUCUCUGACUGCUUAAGUGAGGGAGACUGAGAACUGACAUAAAGCACAGGUGAAAUGCACCAGAACUGAUCAACUACAGAUUGACUGAAGAAGUUAUGGUCUGCCUCUGCUGUAUUGUUCAGACAGCGAAGAAUGAUGAAACAGUACUUGCUGUUCUGGCACUUCCUCAUGUUUUCUUGGUCCAAUACUACUUAAAACAGCCACAGAAGACAUGAGUUGUAAGAUUUUCUUUUUCCAGCUUUGUAUUCUUAAAAAUAGCAAAUGAAUUUUUUUGUCAAAUAAUCCAGAAUUAUGGACAUUUUUUAAAGUGGUCCCUUCAAAGGACUGCAAGAAUUAAGUUGGUAAUGAGGAAGGAAAUUAUAGUGGAGCUAACUGCAGAAAUGAGCAGAUUGGGAAGCUCAAGCACAUCUUUCCCUUGUGGUGGGGUGCAUGCAUGCUUGGGAUUGUCCUUUAGUGGAUAUUGUUCAACCUGUGGCACUGUAUCCCACUGUCAACCACUCCUGAAUUCCAUCUUUUCUAUUGUACUUCAGUAAAUACACUGAAUUCUGGGCAAGGGGGUCAAGGGUGGGGGGUUGCACUUGACACUUUGUAUAGUGAUUUCUCCCACACGUUUCUAGCACUUUUCUUACAUCAUAGUUCUUAUCUAGAGUGCUUGGUAGGGGGGUCAGGUUUUAUGUAAGCUAUUUUCUCUUUGCUACAAAAGUCAGAUAAGCACUGGCUUAAAAUAAAGGGAGUUUUCUUUAUCUGUGAAGUACACUGCCAUGUGGAAAAGUAUCUUCAUUUAAUUUUGUUAAUGAGUAAUGAUUUAACUUCAUUUCAAAACAAACUUUAAUUUUCCCCUCUUCUCUAGGUGUGAUCAUGACUGCAUGUUAAUCUUUUUUGGAAUAAAAUCUACACUUAAACCUUUUGUGGGGGGUGGGAUGGUGAACAUAGGCUUUGUACAUCGCUGGUCCCUCUUGAUUCUGUUAACAUCCGUGUGCUGUUCUUGCAGGAAACAUCCUUACAGAAAUAAGGAAAAGUUGUUUAAGAGGGGGGUAUGCUUUCUUUGUGAUCUCAAGAAAUCAUAACAUUGCCUAGAUUAUGAAAUGGUUUUCACUAAGCUCAUGAGGCCUUCAUUGCCUUUCUGGUUGUAAGGUUUACUUGUCUUUCUUCUUGUAACUGAAAUAAAUAAAAGUGCUGUUCAUCUCA